AUCGCUAUUAUUGAUCGCGCAAAAAUAAAUAAACUUGAAACACAUUCACAGCUAAAAUGCCAAUAAUAGUAAAAGAAUUUACUUGGAAGCAGACUCCGACAGCUUUGAAUAUAACGAUACCUCUGAGUCAAGGGAAGAAAGAAAAGGUGGACUUGUUCGCAACUGAUUCAUACAUAAAGGCGCACUAUAGCCCGUUUCUGUUCGAGGUUUUCCUUCUCCAUGAUGUUAACAUAGAUAAAAGCAAAUGUCUCGUUAAAGAAGACUUUAUAAUCCUCGACCUGGUGAAGCGAGAAGAACAGGAAUGGGAGCAGUUAGAGAAGGAAUUAACGAAGGCGGAGAAGUUGAAGUUAAGGCAGGAGAUUUUAGAGAAAUGCCAAGAGAAAGCUAAAGAGGAGUUUGAGCAGAAGAGGAUAAAGAAGAGUGAAAUGGAUCGGUUCACGGUGCAGAAGGCCAUGGAGAUAGACUCAAGGCAUCAUGAGAUAAUGGAUAAGAGGAGAGACGAGCAAAGGAAGAUAGCUAUGGAUGCUUUAGAGGAGUGGAGGGUGAACACUGACGGGAAAGGUGUCAAAAUAGUAGAGUUACCGGAUGAUAAGGAAAAUGGGGUUGUAAUAGAAGAGGUCACAGAUGAAAAGCCGACGCCGAAGGUAGAGAAGAAAGUAGAGCCAGAAGAAGUGAAGGUGAAGAAAGUAGAGCCAGAAGAAGUGAAGGUGAAGAAAGUAGAGCCAGAAGAAGUGAAGAUGAAGAAAGUACUGCCACCUGCGACGCCGCAUCCCAGGAAAUCAGUGAAGACCCCAGUAAAGUCAGAAUACGUAGACAAGAAGCGAGCUGAAGCGGCGAAGCGCGUGCUGCCAGCGCUACGCAACCAAGGCAGUCUGGAGAUCCACCAUACGCCCAGAGUGUUCCCUACGCCGAGUCGCGAGUCAGCCAGGGCCGAGGAGGACGCCUGGCUGAAAAAUGUGACCCUGGCACGCCGCGCCACAGGGUUCGUGUCAGAGGACCUACGGCCGGAGGAGCAGGACCCAGAAUGGUGCAAGAACAAGGGCGACGAGUUCUUCCGCGCCGGCAACUACUUGGGCGCCAUUAGCGCCUACACGCACGGCAUCUUGUUGUCGGACCGACUGCCAAGUCUGUUCUCCAACCGCGCAGCGACUCACUUCGCGCUCGGCAACUUCAACAAAUGCGUGAACGACUGCUCCACAGCUCUGGAGCUGCUGGUCCCGCCGUGCGAGUCCAACCGCCGCGCCCGCGCCGCCUGCGUGGCGCGCCGCGCCGCCGGCCUCGCGCGCCUCGGCUACCUCGGCAAGGCCAUCGACGAGAUGAAAGCGGCCUCCAAGCUCAUGCCGGACGAUGAGACGAUUAAGAAGGAUAUUUAUGAAAUGGAACGCGCCUGGGAGCAGAAUCCUGAUGAUUAUUGAAGUGUUUCCCGUUUAAAUCCUUACGUGCAAUGUUAAGAAUUUAUUUAUUUAUUCGACCUCUUUUUACCUUAAGUAGGUAGGUUAUAAGGCUAGGCUACCUGAACAAGGCCAUCGACGAGACGAAGGCGCCUCUAAACUCAUGGCAGAUGAUGCGAAGAUUAAGUAGGAACCGAAUCCUGAUCAUGAUCAUUGUGAAUGUUUUGCGAUUAAAUUGACGUGCUA